GAGGGGAAUAUAAAAUCAUGGGUAAAAUGAUAAGCAUAUGUCUUAUCCAUGGUGGCGUAGCACCCCACUUUUUUGCCCCACGACUAUUUAGUCUCGUUGUGGGUGAGGCUACAGAAGACGUAGACCUAAAUGAAAUUGUCGACGAGGGUUUCAGGAGCCAGCUGCAGAAGGCAGGUGUUUUUGUUAAUGCUGAUGCCAAGUCCUGGAUAAUUCAUUGUUUUUGCUAAAGUACAAGUUGAUAUGUUACUAAGAACUUUUAAUUUUUAGAUCCAAGAUGCCACAACUAUUGAAAAGACCAGGGAGGCUUUAGAGGAGGCUUCAAAUAGCCUUUCUCUGCUUGGAUCAUUAAAUAUACAGUGAGGACUCUUACAGACAGGGAGACAGUCGUCCAAUGUGCAGCAAAAUUCUACCUCGAGGGACGACUUAAUGCUGCAAUGGAACAGUUUGUCGAUGGUCUGGGAUGCUUAGGAUUGCAUGCCGCAAUGAAGGCAAAUUCUAAACAUCUUCGGGAUCUCUUCCUGGCCAAAGUGGACCCGCUAACUGCCAAGGACCUCAUUGAUCUCUUCAGCCCACACUUCGCAGAGGAGGGAAGCAACCGCAGGCACAAUGAAAUUAGAACCUACGCCUGGUUCCGUGAUUUCUUGCUAGAUGUGGAAGGUGGAGAAAUGCAAGUGGAUGAAAGUAAAAACCUUACUCUGCAAGAGGUCUUGUCCUUUGCUUCUGGGCUGGAGGAGUUGCCCCCUCUGGGAUUCAAGAACCAGCCAAUCCUUGACUUUAUACAUACAGACCGCAAAUUCCCAGAAGCUAACACGUGUGACGUAGUCCUCCGCCUACCGAUACAUAGGAGCUACGAGGAGUUCUGCAACCACAUGUGCAGUGGGAUAUUACAGGCUACAGAGUUUGGGAUGACAUAAACCGAUUCACAUUGUUGUUGUUUUUUACAGUCUUGACAUUCGUUUUAUUAGCUAGACCUCUCUUUCUAUCUCUUUCCCCACUCUUUCUAUCCAACUCUCCCUACCCCUCAGCU